GUCAGCAGUGGUUUUAACACAAAAAUGUGUGGAUGUAGUGAUAAGAGCUUUGGUGUCAGACUGGUACACCACAACACAGCAAACCUGACUCGCACUAACUAACACAGUUAGUUUCCCUUUAUAAGUAAUGAAAUUGUGAGUUAAUAAGUUAAUAAAUAGUUAAUAUGUAGUUCCCAGAAUUUCAAGACACCGAGGACAGUUUCUGUAGAAUUUUAACAAACAAACAACCAAGAAAGUAACUUAAAUUUGAAAACCACCAUGCAGCACUAUGCCAUAAGCUUGCCACCCAUUCCCAGCUCUGGUGAUAAAGUGCCCCUCUGUGUGGAAUGAGCUAACAGUGGGCUAGCAUGAAGUGUGCCCUGGUAGCUCAAGUGUUUCUCUGCAGCCACAGAGCUAGCAGGAAGUGCAGCUUCGGUGCCUCUCCACUCAUCUCAUCAAUGCAGCUUUCAUUCUCCCUCAGUGGGGCAAGAUGGAAGCUGUACAAAAGGACCACUGGUACUUCAUGGUACUCCUUAUCUUUCUCCCCUUUCUUAAAGUUACCAUCCAACAGAGAGAGGCUACUGUCACUGUUCGUCUAGAGGAGGGGAUGGUUCUUGGAUGUUUGUGCCCCUGGGACGGCAACUUCAGCAUGGUGUCCUGGACCAAGGUACCAGACAAGAAUCCCAUAGCCGUUUUCCACCCAGAAUACGGAGUGGCCUUCUCUCACCUCUACCGGGAGAGGAUCGAGUUCCUGAGGACCACGCCCAUGGACGGCAGCAUUACCAUGAGGAACGUCACUCACCGGGACGUCGGCCUUUACCACUGCUCUGUUCAGACCUUCCCUCAAGGCUCCUGGAGCAGGAAUAUACGGAUCGAUGACUCAAAUGAGCCAUUGGAAAAUGAAAACACCGAGACCCCCACCCCGGAGGUGAUUGAGGCCGACACAGAGGUGGUAGCGAAGCGGAACGACAACCUUACCAUCAGCUGUAACCACGAACACAAUGGUACCGUUUACCAGGUUGUGGUGGAGAGGCUGCCUCACGGUCAGCCCUGGGACAUCAUAGGAAUGUGCAAGGUGGUGGACGGGGGCCUGGUGGGCGAGGAUUUCACCGAGAGGGGCAGGGUGAGCUGUGCCGACAGCCUGGAUGUCAGUCUGCAGCUCACAGACGUGACGGAGGAAGAUGGAGGCUUCUACCGCUGUCACUUCAGCACCGACGCUGGAGUGCAGACCACAACUGUGCUGCUCACCGUACCCAGCCCAGGUGAAUUCAGCCUGUCUGUGUACAUGAUGUAUAUUUACACUGGGGCUGGACUUGCUGGGCUCACUCUGCUCAUUGUCAUCCUCAUUCUGGCAGUGCGGCUUGGGAAGAAGAACAGGAGAGAGGAGUACCGAGUCAAACUGCAUCCAUCUCAGAGACAGCCCAACUACUAUGAGAACAUCCCCAUGCAUGGCAGAAUGGGAAAGAAGCCCAAGCACAGGAGAGAUUGCCCAGUUUAUGCCAACCUCCAGGUUGUACAAUCGCACAAGACCAAGAGAGUGUCGGCUUUAUGAUAUAUGCAUACACAUAAAUGUGAUAUAUGAGAUGAUGUGAUUGUGUGAGCUUUGUCAAGUUGUCAUCGUGCCUUCGGCUUUUAAGAGGCAGGGCGGAGGAAUGAGCCUGUGAGUAAAAACAGACUUGUUAUAUUCACAAGCACCCAAGGCUGUUUUUCCAUAUGCUUUCUCAUAAGGUUUUUUUUUUUUUUUUUUAAGCUCACUUAUUUAACAGGGUUGAAUAUUUUGUCAAUAAGCUACAGUGAUCCAGUGGUUUACCAUUCCGACAAUGAUUAGUGUUUAUACAGUGGUUUGUCAUGCUGAGUUACACACUCACCUGCAUGCUAUUGUAACUGUAACAGAUGAUAAUUUUCUCCACCUUCCACUCUGGAUAAUGUGGUUCACUCACAGGGUAGAACUUCUAUACAUGUUAGAGGCAUGGGAGGUUUGUUUGGAUCCAGCCCUGCUCCCACUAAUCAAAUGUAACAUGUACUGUAUAAUUACCGUCGAGCAACGUUUGUUUGGGCAAAACAAUGCACAGAAAAUUACCAUCACAAUAACCCUCGUACGGAAAAGCAGACAAAAGGCGGUAUAAUCAUUCCUUUCACUUUCAUAACUCCCAUGUAAAACCAUUGACAAAAGCCUGUAUAAUUGCCCUCCUUUUACUUUCAUCCCCCCUGGUUUCCAUUCAAAGCUUGACAAUGGUGUCUAAUCAUCUGACAAAGAAGAAAAGCAGUCACUCAGCACUGUACCAUCACUCGAGACUGUUGCAUUCCCUAAGGUUUCUCUGUCUAGGAUGGCUGCAUUGUAGUUACAGCAAGCUCUUGUGAAAGCUGAACUCUAAUUAGCUAAUCCUGCGCUCUAGUUUCGAGCUCCUCAUGGUUAGUGUAUCUGAUGAAUGUGUGGACUUGGUUUUUUUUCCCUCGCUAUGCUUUGCACAAUUCAUUUCUGUUCAAAACUAUUUAAAACGGGUAAUAGGCCAAAGCCACUUUUAUCAUAAGCAGUGACAAGUUUACCAAAUUCAUAUUUAAUUAUCUUCACACAGUGGCUUGAGCUAACUUCCGUAUAUGCAACUGUAAUAUAAUUUAAUAUUGUAGUAUUAUAGCAGUGCUACUCUGUAAUCUAAUUAAUUUAUCUCCAUAGAAAUGGAGGCAGUGGCACAGGGAGUAAUGGCUCCUCUGCUAGAAGACAACACAAAUGUGGACGAAGAGUAAAAAUGGAAUAAAAAGGGACAAUGUAGUUUGGAAUCACGGGUUUUUGCCUUCAUCCAUUUGUCGUCUUGUUUCCGGCCAUACAGUAGGAGCUGAAAAUAUUGUGUUUGAGUGUUUUACUUCUGAUACUGUGUGUGACCAGAAAUACUGAUACCGAUGUGUGACUGUUAAUGACCCUAUGUGGUAAAAAAAUAAAUAAAUAAAACACA